GCUUGGUUUCGGAAAAAAAAAACGUAAAAGAAACAAAAAAAAAAACCCCUAGAAGCGAAGAAGCUGAAAAAAGGCUCCAAAGAUGGAUUUCAAAAACUCUUCUCUUCUAUGCCUAGCUCUUUUCCUUGCAUGCUCUUCGGCUAUUCGUGCAUUUGACAUCACACAAUUGCUAGGUCAAUAUCCAGAGUUUUCCACAUUCAACAAAUACCUAACCGAAACCAAGCUUGCAGACCAAAUAAACAGCCGCAACACCAUCACUGUCCUCGCCGUUGAAGACUCAGCCAUGCAUUCCAUUGCUGCCAAGUCCCCAGAAGCCAUUAAGGCCAUCAUUGGCACCCAUGUCAUCCUUGACUUCUUUGAUGAGAAGAAGCUCAUGGAAGCUCAAGCUAGUAGCCAACAGUUGACAACCCUAUUCCAGGCUUCAGGCCUUGCUGUGAACCAACAAGGCUUCCUCAAGGUUGCACUUGUUGGUGAAGGCGAGAUCGCCUUCGGGUCGGCUGCGAGCGAUGCCCCAGCCGACGCCACCGAGCUCGUCAGGACCGUCACCAGUGAGCCCUACAAUAUCUCCAUUCUCCAAGUCACCAAGCCUAUCCUAGCCCCAGGUGUUGAUUCACCAACCCCAGCCUCAUCAUCUGGUGCCCAACCCUCACAAGGAGCCAAGGCCCCCAUUGCAGCACAAAGUGCCAAGGCACCCGUUCAGGCACAGGUUGCAAAGUCUCCUGUGCCAGCUCAGAGUGCCAAGGCACCAACUCCUUUGGAGAAUGCGGCCUCGCCUUCACCUGCUAGUGAAAGCGUUGCCGAGUCUCCAGAGGUUGCUGCUGAAGCCCCAGCAACAAGCCCAGUUGGGGCUGAGGCUCCAGGUCCCUUGGCUGAUGAUGUUGCUCCGGCAGAUGUUACUGCUAGCAGUGCUUCGACCACGAAGAUGGGUUUGGUUAUGGCAGUGAUGGCCUUUGCUUCCCUCUUCAUUGUUCUGUAAAGUGAUUCGUAAAUUGCUAUUGAAAAUAUUUGUAUGACA